AUGAUCUGCCUCGACAAGGCCGACGAGGCCACCCUCCGCCACCUCACCUGGAACCAGAGCCCGCCCGCCCUGGCCGCCGAUCAAACCACCUGCCAGGACCUCAACGGCAUCUCCAACAAGCGCCAGUACGUCGCCGCCGGCCAGGACGAUGACAGUGGCGGCGGCGGCGGCGCACUCGGACCCGGUGCCGCCUCCGAUGACGGGGCACGCCAGCAUCUGCGCCGGCCCGGGUCCGUGGCCGCGGCUCCGGGCGCGGGACGAUGGUUCAACGGACCAUCCUCGCCUCUCCAGGCGGCUGCUGGCGGUGAUGGCCACCUCCGUCUUGCCCGGGUGCCCUCCUCCGAGGCGCGCCUCUGGAGCUGGACCACCUGGAUCCUCUCUGUUCUCUUCUCCUCCUGUCUUCUUUCGUCCAUGACCGCGCUCGCCAACUGGUCUCCCCUGCCGCAUCUUGACGCCAUCACUGCCGCUGCCAAUGCCACGCCCAUUGCUGAUCACCAUGGCCCGCCGCCCGUCUCCCUGCGCCUCCAUCUGCCUCGGGCCGCCCUGAGCAGACGCGCCACCUGUGCCGCCGCCGGCGUCGACCACGUCGAGUACAACACGCCGCUCCACGUCGGCGCCCUCCUCAUCAUCUGGUUCGUCUCGUCCCUGGGCUGCUGCUUCCCCAUCAUGGCCGCCAAGUUCCCCGGCCUGCGCAUUCCGAGGCGCUUCUUCUUCGCCGUCCGCCACUUCGGCACCGGCGUCCUCAUCGCCACCGCCUUCGUCCACCUCCUGCCCACGGCCUUUGUCUCCCUCGGCAACCCCUGCCUCGGCGAGUUCUGGACCAAAAAGUACCAGGCCAUGCCGGGCGCCAUUGCCCUGGCCGCCAUCUUCCUCGUCACCGUCAUCGAGAUGGUCCUGCAUCCCUCGCGCCACGUCCCCCCGCCGCCUCUCGUCUCGGGCACCGCUGCCAGUGGCCAUGCGGCUCCCGACGGCCACGGCCCCGGCCGCCAUCUCUGCUCCGGCACCGCCAUGCUCCCCUUUCGCGACAUGGGACCCCUGCGCGGCCGGGCCUCGAGCAUGGCGCAGGGCCUGUCGCAGCUCAACAACAGCCCUGCCGUCGACGGCAACCAAGACGGGGCUGACGCCGACGCCGACGAGCAGCCCAAGCCCGAGCACGAGCCCGAGCACGACGGGAGCGAGUCCCGCCAGGAGCAGCAGCUGUCGCCCGAGCUCAAGCGCCGCAAGGAGCGCCUGCAGUGCAUCCUGCUCGAGAUGGGCAUCCUCUUCCACAGCGUCUUCAUCGGCAUGGCCCUCAGCGUCUCCGUCGGCACCGACUUUGUCGUCCUGCUCAUCGCCAUCGUCUUCCACCAGACCUUUGAGGGGCUGGCCCUGGGCGCCCGCAUCGCCGCCAUUGAGUGGGAGCACAAGAAGUGGCAGCCGUGGAUCAUGGCCCUCACCUACGGCUGUACCACGCCCAUUGGCCAGGCGCUCGGCCUGGCCACGCACACGCUCUACAGCCCAGACUCCGAGGUCGGCCUCAUCGUCGUUGGCGUCAUGAAUGCCAUCUCGGCCGGCCUGCUGACGUUUGCCUCGCUCGUCGAGCUGCUGUCCGAGGACUUUCUCAGCGACGAGAGCUGGCGCUUCCUGCGUGGCAAGGCGCGUGUGGGCGCCUGCGUCCUUGUCUUCCUCGGCGCCUUUUUCAUGAGCCUGGUUGGCGCUUGGGCGUAA